AAAUUUUUUGUCAACAUGACAAUAGCAAAAAUUUAACGCGAACAACUUUCUGCAAAAAUAAAAUGACAUAAUUCUAGCACUACAGACAGCAAAAUUUUCUGUGAUUUUCUAGCAGGCCAUCUCAAAAGAAUUCAUCAAAAUGUUUCAAAUGCCAGAAGUACCGGAUUGUUUGGAAAAACGAUAUAGAGCACUGGAUAAUCUUAUAGAAGAGCUGUCAGCCAGAAGAUUUGCUCGUAACUCUGACCCCAGUUGUUCUAAAAAACCCGACAAUGCUGGAAUCAGACUUAUGUGUGAUUUCUGGAACAUUCUCAAGGAUGAUCCAGAAUGUAAUUUGAAGAAAGAGGUUCAACAACGCAUGGGUCUAGUCUCCACUCACAGCUCGUUCGGGCCUCAUCUAGUCACCUGCUAUAUGUCUGAUAGAAUUGAAAAAGAUGACAAAAGCAACUCGUGCUGCAAACGUGUUGACACACAACCACCACCAGAAGACAAGUCUACAUCACGUAGUUGCUGUGCUUCCAACAAGAAUGUUUCUUCGAAGGCGGGCAGUGAUAUCUUGCCUCUUAGCAAAGUGCUGUGUAGUUUGAAAGACGCAGCGUCGUUUGAUAAAAAAUGCAGUGAAAGAAUCAGUGAUUUGAUGGAGGCACAGAAACGGUUGCAAGAGCAGAUUCAGCAUCUUGAGCAUAGGGAGAAGGAAGGUGCAAAGAUGCUGAAGCAAGCUGAUUGUAUGUGGUCGUGCAUGGAGCAAGCUUAUAAGAAAAAAGUAGCAGAGUCUUUGGAGAGGCAGAAGAAUCUUUUGAAAGGGUUAAAAGUAGCCGAAGCUGAGGUUGCUAAAUGGCGCAAGAGCAAAAAAGAAUUAGAAUUCCAACUGGACAAUGUUAAUAAAUGUCAAAUUGAAAUUAAUGAAACUAAUAACCGCAAGCGAAAUGAUAUAAAAGGCAUGAAGACUGAAAUAGAACAUUUAAAGAAAAGAAUUACAAAUGGCAAUAAGGAUGCCGAAGGAGCAUCUAAAUCAAUAUCCUAUAGGAAAAAAUCUUCAGAUAAAACAAUCACUGGAAUAAAUGAAGAAAUAUAUAGAGCACAGAAAGUAUUAGGAGAAGAAAGAAAACACAAAAGUCAAAAAGAGAAAGAAGGUAAUGAUUACAUAAAAGAAGCUAGAGAAGAGUUGCAGAAAAUAUGCAGAGUAUUACUUCAAAAGAAAUUAGAAAACGAAGAUGCAAAAGCAGAGAGAGAUGCAUUAUUACUGGAAAUUGAAAUGUUGAAACAAACCUGUGAACAAUGUCAAGACAAAUGCAAAAAGAAGCAAAUAUCAGUCAAUGAUGAAAUUCUCAAAGUGGAGAAAGAUAUUGCCAAUUUUAAAGUUAGGUGUAUAAGAUGUCACGAAUGUGUGGACACAUCAGAUGUGAGGAAGUACUGUACUGAUUGUCCCAAGUGCCUUGGAGAGAGAGAUUGUAUUACUGAAGAGGGCCACUGUUCUGCUGAUCCUGCGAAUGUUUGUGUCUGCAUGAGUGUGAAGCACAAAUUUAUGGAUAACGUAUUUGAAAACAUGUAUACAGUACUGGAGAGACAAGUGAAGACUCGCCAAGGAAAGUGUUUGGCGGAGACAGUAAUGCAAAGUCUCAAGAAGAGUAGGAAUGGUAAAAUAGACGAAGAAACAAGGAAAAUUCUCCAGGAGUUUAUUUUGUGUGUUGUCAAGAAGAAUUUGAAUUUAACAAUUAUCGGUGGCGCAGUAAAGACUAGAUGUGAGAUGGAUCCGGAAACUUACAAACAGUUGUCGCUUUGUUUGAAACAAGUGAAAGUGACUCGCCCGCCGAAAGUCGAUAAAGGAACGAUAUCUAAGAAGGACCCUUGCACCCGUUGGGGCGGAGUCAGUGAAUGUAACUGCCCUGGUGGUCCUAAGACAUGCGUGUGUACUACGAAGGCACCACCGCCUCCUCACGACCCAAAGCCGUGCCCAGAAGACCCUGAAGACAAAGCAGAGAACGCCAAAAAAGAAUCAAAUAUUUGCCCACAUAAACAAAAAAGUAUUCCCUGUGGCACCGAGUGCAGCACGCGUGGUAUGGAUAGUUUAGUUGGAACAGAUGUCGCUCCAUGGGUGCCAGACCCAUGCAAGGAGAAAUCUUGUCCAUUUUCCAAAAACAUGAGAGCUGCACAAUGCGUACUUGGACCUGAAAGACUAUCAGAUUUAGGACCAGUAAAGACUAUUAUACCAAAUUUGGGCAGUUUUGAUAAGAACCAAGCAUGCAGUCCUAAAAGUGAUACAAGAUAUAGAGAAAAAGUUGAUAAAAGAAAUAAAAUAGACGCAUCAACUCUUACAAAUGAUAAUAUUGGCAAAAAGAUUGGAUCUAAGCAAGAUAUACACGAAAAGAAUAGUUUUGAGAAAAUGGAACGACCAAGUGAAAAAGAUGCCUUAUUAAGACAUUUAUAUGAUCGUGAUACAGCUAAUUGCUCUUGUGAAACAGCGAAUCCAUUAGCGACGAUGAAAUUAUUAGUACAAAAUGAUAAUGGUGAUAUUGUUGAUUAUUGUACAGAAUUAGUAAAUACACCAUCAGGUCAAUUGGGAUUAGAGUUAGAUGAUGAUUUUUUCCACUUCAUAGAAAGAAAAGCCAACGAACAUCCAAAUAGCUCAGCAGGUGUUUUGAUAAAAGAAAAAGCGGGUUAUUAUACAUUAGAUUUCAACCCCCAAAACAUAACCCGUGAUGAUUUAAAGAUCAAAGUAAAAAAGACCUCUUCGGGAUCAAUGUCAAUAAUUUUGGACAAGAAAUUUAUAGAUGCGAUUAAAUCACAUGGCGUUAAAUCAAAUGAUCAUUCAACCGAUCCAUCUGUAUCUAUUGAGAUUAUUAAAAAAACGGAAUCUGUCAUAACUUCAAACAAAAGUGUCAACUCUGCAUGCACCCAAUUCAAAGAAAAUUCCAAAGCAAAAACACACAAUAUGGAAAAUGAUAUCAUAAAGCGUCUAGAAUACUUGUGCGCUGAAGGAAUCAGCAAUAUAACUUUGAAAAUAAUAGGAAAUGAUGAACAAUUCAAAUAUGUAAAGGCAAAAGUUAUAAGAACACCUUCAAAAAAUAUUGCUUUAGAAGUACAAAAUACGAAAAUAAUCGAUGAAAAUUUAAAAUAUAAGGAUGAUGUAGGUUUACUUCAUUUAUCUUAUUCAGAUACAUUUUUACUUGACUUUAGACAAAGCACAAUAAAUAUACCUCGGAAUAUUUUAAUAAAAAAGGAUUCAGAUAAAACUUUGUUAAUAAUUAUGAAUAAGAUGUUUAAACCAAUUGUAAAUAGUAGAAAUGAUUAUUUUAAAAUCAAAGUAAAAGGGGAUAGUGAUACCAUAAUUAAUCCUCCAGCAGUUUUAAAAAUUACGAAAUCAGAUAAUUACUUAGUCGUUGUUGAUAAAGAAUUUGAGGAUAAAUACAAAAAUUUUAUGAAAACGUUUGCCGAUGAUAAUACUUUGGGUUCGGGCCUUUUGUCAAAAACUCUAUCUGGUGACUACAUGUUUACUCUAAACAAUGAUGAAGAAAAUAAGGAUUGUAAUGCCUAUCUAUUGAAAUCCACCUCAGGCAAUAUGAAAGUUGUUGUUGGUGGUUCUACCUUCAACACAAUCAGAAGUUCGUUUUCUAAAAGAGAAUCAAGAAGCUCUAUUUCUUCUUCCAAAAUGUUGGAGAUUUUAAAGCCAUAUAACCAAAAUAGAAUGCUUGCAGAUCAAAAACACCGAAAUCUGGCUAAAAAUAUAUGUAACAGUGAUUCAUCAUUUUUUGAUAAAUCUAGAAUACAAAAUCAAGAGAGUCUUAUUGUCAAGUCGGGUUCAUUGAGAAGAACAAAUUCGGGCCGAUACUCUGUUGUAUUAGAUAAAGAAUCAAAGAAAAAAUUUGUCAAAAACCUAGGAAGUUAUUUAAAGAAGAAUUCUAAUAGUUUGGUUCCUAUAAAAAGAACAGAAUCCGGUGGGAUCUCAAUAUUAUUAAGCAAUCAGGAGAACGUCAACGAUCAAUAUGGAUCCUUGAAAAUAAGUCCAUCAGGAAAUGUUUAUGUAAUCAUAGAUGACAAGGAAAAAGACUUAAAAAAAGAAAAUGUUUCGAAAACAUUACAAACAACCACAAAUAGGCCUUCGAAUAAAGCAGUGGCCACAAGUUGCUGCGCAAAUCCUCGUGAUAGUUAUUGCAACCUCUCUAAAUGCGUAUGCAAUGAGUUGCGAAAUACUACAAGCAACUGGUUUUAUUCCGAACUGGAGAAUGAUAUUACCAGUAAUCCAGAAAAUUUGAAUAAUCACGAAUCUAGUUGUACUUUGCAAAAUUGUCUAAGAAAAGUAGGUUUUGAUAUUACAAAAGACGGAACUUGUAUAAAUAAAUCGCCACCUCAUAUAGUAAUAAAACCGUGUGAUAAUAAUACUUGUAGUUCAAGAUCUAAGUCGCCUAAAAGUAACCCAAGUAAGUCUAAAGAAGUUGGGAAAAGUGAUUGUAAAAGUGAACAAUGUUUUUAUGUAUUUGAUUCUGUUUGUCCUUAUCACAAAGAUAGAUACGAUACAGUAUCUAAUGAGUUAAUUGAAAUAUCAGGGUUUUGUAAUAAUGGUAUAGAUUCAAAAGCACCGCUCGAUUUGGUUGAAACCCAAGUGUUAAGUGAAACAAAAUCAUGGGCUACGGCCAAAGAUAAUUCCGUAACAAGCUACGAAUUUGAUUAUUUAGAUACUAUGCCACCACAGUUACCGUUAUUUUUGAGAGAUUUUAGUAUGUCCUAAUUGUUAUUUUAUGAUGGCUUGAAAAAAGAAAUGUUAGUGUUUGCGAACAUCCAUAGCUUUUAUGGAUGUUUAUUUUUUGUUAUAUUUUCGAGUUUUCUUGUUUGUCACAUUAUAUUAUUGUUGAAAUAAAUAAAAAAGUAACAUUCA